AUGAAACAUCUUUUGAACAUCCUCCCGACGGCAAUGGUGAUGUUAUGUGCCUGUACCUUUCAUUUGGUCAAGGGAUUCACCCCAUUAUCCACUAGGAUCCUCUCGAGCAGACAGGUAGCAGUGUUGAUGCCAUCGAGUGCGCUGUUUUCGACAACUUCCCACAAGAACGAUUCAAAGCGGUCGCAGUUCCGAAACACUGGCGGCCUAAGGCGUCUUCCCGUGGUCAAGUCUCCAGUAGAGCUAAUGAAUAAGGCACGGACAGAAGCUGAAAGGGUGAAGGCAGAUACUGAGAUGAAGAAUGCUCGAAACCGAGCAAGAAAGCAUGGCACUGAAACUCUCAAUACACUGACACAAGCACUGUGCAUCCCAUUGCGUGACAUUGUAAAGGGGUAUAAUUCAGAGUUCAGAAGACUCCAUCCCUUCGAAAAGGUCGUUGCAGAUCUCACGGCGAGGGCAAGGCAAAGGCGGGAUGGCCUCACUUUACAGGACGUUUUGAAUGAGAUCCACGAGGCAAGAAAAAUGUUGCUGGAGGCUGGAAAGGACUGGGUGGCAAAAGCCAAGAAUGCUGAAACGGCUCGUGAAGCCAACGAAGCAAUGGAAGAAGGAACUGAGUGCCUGUUGGAUCUGUACCAGCAACUUGCUGCUGAACCUGUGACGGGCAUUGUUGCCUUACAAAGUUCAUUGAGAAGUGCCCCAGCCAUUCAGCUCGACACACCGGCUGUAGUACUGGUUGGGGUUCCCAAUGUUGGGAAAUCAUCCAUAGUGAGGAAAAUCUCCUCGGGAACGCCUGAGAUCAACAACUACCCAUUCACAACUAGAGGGAUGACACUGGGCCAUGUGGAGGUUUUCUGGGCUGACAAUGAUGCGAUUGCCAAAGCAGUCAUCCCCGAUGAAAGACGGAAACCAGGCGCCCCCUCUCAAGAUGUUGUGAUGGGUAAAUAUGCGUUUUCUCAGCUUUGCCAGGUAAUGGAUUCUCCUGGCCUUUUGCUACGAGAUAAUGAAGAUCGAAAUGAGAUGGAAAUGCUCACCAUAGCAGCUAUGCAGCACUUGCCAACGGCGGUGAUCUAUGUCAUGGAUCUUUCUGGAGAAGCUGGUGACAGGUUUUCCAGCGUUUCAGAUCAAUUGCAACUGAGACGACAGGUUCGUUCCCGCUUUCCCCGUCGCCCUUGGAUCGAUGUGGUGUCAAAGGCAGACAAAGAUGUUGUUGAGGGGUCUAUUGAAGAAUUGGAGGAGAUCAUGGACGGAUCACCCUACCUCAGAGUCAGUGCAUUGGAUGAUACUGGCAUUGAAGAGCUGAGGAUGGAGGUGCUACGUAUGCUGGGAGAAGUCCGGGUGGUGCUGGAUGCGAUUUCAGCUAGUCCUAAUGUUCGCCCUUGA